ACACAGAAAAACCUUUAAAGAAGAAGAAGACAACAGUCGCGGGUUGAUGAUGUACGGAUUGGAAAAUGGAGAGAAAACACAUGUCAGCUUUUGCUUUAUAUCAAAGUAUAACAACGAGCGAUUCUCCACCUGCUAAGAAGCCUUUCCUGCAGGUAAGAGGUUAUAAAAUAAAGGUUAAAAAGCUGCUUUAGUGUUUAGAGCUGCAUGCGUGGAGAUGAACAUGUUUCUGUUGGAGAACCAGUUUACCUCAGAUUAUCAGACCCUUUAUUAGACAGACAUGUAUUAAAAUGUUUGUCUGCUUUCAGGGGGCUGGAAAGAAGAAAAAGAAGAAGGAGAAUGGAGUCAGUAAAAUGAACAAACCUAAUUUAAAAUCUGAAGGGAAGAAAAUGAAGAAGAAGCAGCAGAAGGAGAUCAAAAGAGAGGAGACCCCUGAGACAGAGCUGACAGAGGUGAGGAAGAACAACAAGGAAGAAGAUCUCAGAGGAUCAAUAAUCACUGAUUCAUCGAGCUGUUUGUGUUUCUGCUUCAGCUGCAGGAGGGUGCUGGUGUCAGUGGAGACGGAGAAGAUCUGAGUGAUCUUCUGACAGACCUGAGUCAAGUCCACAACAGCAGAGAGAGAGCCAGCAGACUGUUCCAGUGGCUCAUCAGCCCCGUCCCUGCAAAGACCUUCUUCAAGUAGGGAUGAGUUUGAUCACAGUGUUUGUCUGUAAAUGUGUUCAGAGCUGAUGUGAGCGACAAGGAUACUUGUGACAUGAAUCCCUCAAAUCAUCCUUUUCUCUACCUGAAAGUGGAAAUAUAUUCAAAACAAAACGAAAAAAAAAACAUCUUUAAGGAAAGUUAUUUCUGUCAUCCACAAAUGAUUUCUUUUCCUCUUUUCAAAGGGAAACGUGGGAGAAGAAGCCCAUUCUUGUUCAGCGCAAAAACCCACAUUACUACAAGGGUCUGUUCUCCACGGCUGAGUUUGAUCGCAUCUUGAGACAGGUAAGGAUCGGACAUGUGCGUCAUAGUAACGCAACUGUUAAAGGGAUAUUAAUUUAGGGUCAAACUCACCGUAACUCCGAGUUAGACACAGCGGUCUGAGGAGCCAUACACAAACCUCAACCAAAACGCCACUCUAUAGCCACAAAUAAUGCUCAGAACAGCACCUAACUUCAUCAACAGGACAUAUAGGGUCACAGACAUAGUACUAGACACCAAACAUCUUUUUAACUUUGACUCAUUUCUUUAGCAAAGAGACUAAACACAACUCACCUACUCCAUUACAGACUACAGCGGGGUGCUGCAGCUCAAGGAAGAACAUUUAUGAUCAUUUCUUUAUCAUUUCCUUGAAGUAAUAAUCACCAUAUUAAUCAUUUUUCACUGUAGACGCGGUAGUUCUUCUGUCUUAGCGUCUCGGUCUGAUUGUAUUUCCAUGAAGUAAUGAUCAUAAAUGUUCUUCCUUAAGCUGCGAAACUCCGCUGUAGUCUGUAAUGGACUCGCCUGAGGUCUCGCUACAAACAAGCGGCUGCUGGAAGAAAGUAGGUGAGUGGCGUUUUGUUUGAGGUUUGUUUAUGGCUCCUCAGACCCCUCUGUAUUGCUAUCCUGCAGUCGUUACUAAAGUUGGUAUAACUAGAGAAGUAAGCGGUCGGCAACUUUCAUCUCUGGAGGGGGGGUCUAACUCGGUGUUUUGGUGUGUUUGACCCUAAAUUAAUAUCCCUUUCAAAUCUGUGUGCUCCGACGUGUUCUGUUGUUUGUCUUAACUGAUAAAUUCAUGACUGUAGUUUAUUCUCAUAUCAAUAUUUUGUUCUGUGUUGUCCGAUUUCAGGAGGACGUUCAGUACGGAGUCAAUCUGGAUGUGACGAGCUACGUCAACGGCAAGAGAGAGACACACAAUCCUCCAGGACGAGCUCUGCCAUUCACCGUCUGGGACUUUUAUGAGGUUUGAAUAUGAUGGUUGAUUCUUUUCUAAGAAAGAAGCUGUUCAGACUCCGCCGUGUUUCAGUGUUUCAUAUUCUGUGGAAGCUGCUGCACAUUAACUUCUGCAGCUUUUUCUCUCAGAGUCAUUUAGCUUUCUUCUCACUUUCAGGCUCAUACUGCCGUCAUUAAAAAGCAGUUAGAAGAAGAUGCUCGUGUUAUGAGCUGCAAGGCAUUUUGUGCGAAGUGCACCAUCUGCUCUCACUGCUAAGUUAGUGAUCAUCUUCGUCGUUUUAUCUCUCUCUUCCCCCAGAGUGGCUGCUCCCUCCGCAUGCUGAACCCUCAGGCCUUCUCCUCCACCGUGUGGAACGUGCUCUCCAUCCUUCAGGAGCAGUUUGGCAGCAUGGCAGGAGCCAACGUGUGAGUAGUCAUACAGGGAUCAUAUCUUCAAACCUCUUCGCACUUAUUCUGACGUGAGUGCUCUGCCUUUAAUAGAUACCUGACCCCACCUGGAACUCAAGGCUUCGCUCCUCAUUACGAUGACAUCGAAGCGUUUGUGGUUCAGCUGGAGGGGAAAAAACACUGGAGAGUUUAUAACCCCAGGUGAGACGGAGUGAGGAGCUGUGAAGGAUUCACCAAAACAUGUGCGAAGCAAGAAAACUUCAGUUUGGCAUCACUUUUAGAUAAAAAAACAAGAUAUAUGCACUAACUUUUUCAUGUUUAACCUGAUCAAGUAAAAGAAGUUACUAAAGGGAGAUGAAUCAAUAUUUUUUUUAUGACUUCUUAACUUUUUUUACUGUCCAGGAAUUUCAGAGUUUAGUUGGAAAAAGUUUCCCAGAGUUGUUGCUUCUCUGCGCCUCAUUUUGCCUCAUUUCUCCUCAUGAGUCGUUCAGUAAUGCUGGACUCUCUACCUAGAAACUCACUGAUAAACAUCUUUCAUCUGGUUUUUUCUUAGGACAGAGGACGAGGUCCUACCUGUGUUUUCAAGUCGUGAGUAAACAAGUUUUUCUUCAUCUAUAUUCACCUUCACAUGAAAACUGUGUGUCUGACCGUCUUCCAGCUUCAGAACACUGACACAGCGCAGACAGAGAGUUUACGUUACUCCCAUUUAAAGUCUCUGCCAUCAGACUAUUUAUCAGAUUUACUUUUACUGUUUAAGUCUGUGAGAACUUCCUGUCCUUUUUUUAAAAAGUCAUUUAUUAUUUUUAUUUAUUGUUAGUUUUGUUGGUUUGUCAUAAACCUUUCACAUGACUCAGAGUUUUGAUUAAUUUCAUUGAUUUCUGUUCUUGUAAAGUGCAGUACAAGUGAUUUGCUCAUGAGGGAUCGUAGAUAAACUCGACUUCUUCCUUCUUCAGCAAACUUUGACCAGGCGGACAUCGGGAAGCCGAUCCUGGAGGUGGUGCUUGAAGCCGGAGAUCUCCUCUACUUCCCUCGAGGGUUCAUCCACCAGGGCGACUGUCUCCCAGACGCCCACUCCCUCCACAUCACCAUCUCCUCCUUCCAGAAGAACAGCUGGGGGGAUCUGCUGCAGAAGGUGAUACUCUUAUCUGAAUCCUUUUCUAUUUCUGUACACAUCCUGGUCUAAUAUACAGUAGGGGACUCUGCACCAAGUAUUUACACCUUCUCUCUCUAGCUGGUUCCAGCAGCUUUGGAAGUAGCCAUGGAGGAGGAUGUGGAGUUCAGACAGGGUUUACCCCUCGAUUAUCUCACAUACAUGGGAGUACAAAACUCUGAUAAGGUAAUGAGCUGGUUAUAUGUCUUAAUUUGUCCUUUUCUGAGAACAUCAUCAACACUCUCGGUGUCCUUGUGUUUGUAGAACGACCCACGCAGGACAAAGUUUUUCUCGAGAAUCGAGAGUCUGAUGAAGAAACUGGCAAACUUCGCCCCAGUCGACGCCGCCGUGGAUCAGAAAGCCAGAGACUUCCUGCACGACUGCCUCCCUCCGAAGCUCACAGCAGGUACAUGAUGGUCACUGAGUGUGUAAAGAGAGAAGUCCUGCUCAUGGCUUCUUCAUUUAACAUAUAUGAUUGGAUCUCCUGCAGAGGAAUUGGCCAGCAGUGUGCAGGGAGCUCCGGUCAGGUGGGAGCGAGGGCAGGUCACGGAUGUUUGUGCGCAAAUCACAGAGCAGACCAGGGUUCGACUUCUCCGUGCUGGGUGUGCCAGGUGAUGAAUCUUUUUAAAAAUUGACUGUUUGAAGAUGUAAAACUGUCCUUUUAUUAAAUAAUAGAGCUCAUAAGUUUCUUCCGUGUCCAGGUUAUGCAGCGAUGGAGACGGUGUUCUUGUUUACUACACGACAGACAACUCCAGAGUUUACCACAAAGAGGAGCCCAAGAGUUUUGAAAUAGAGACAGAGGUACAGGGACGGUCUGUUUUUAAAUAAAUAUGUGUAAAAUGUCGUUUUUCUGAUGAUUGUUUUUUCGCUCCUGUAGCACACGGAUGCUGUUGAGUUUCUGAUCCACUCAUAUCCUAAAUUUGUGACCGUAGGAAGUUUGCCCUGUGAUUCAGAGGAGGACAAGGUAUGAUGUUUUGCCUUCAUGCAGUUUGCUCAGACGUGGACAUACACCCAUGUUAUAUUUCUGAUUUCUGUGCAGUUUAGAGACUAUAUGAAAAAGAUUGACAGCACUACAACUUUCCAAAAUGAAGCCAAAAUAUCCAGCUUAUUCUGUUGCCUGUCAGUAUUAAAGAUCAUAAACGCCAGUCACUCUAUUAUGGUGAGCAGGAUAGGUGUCAAACUAGUAAAUAACUCGCAUCAAGCACUUUUCAUAAAAAUGAUUUGUCUUGAGAGUACAUUUUGGUGAUAGUAUCCAUCACGGUGGUAUUUAACCUUCAUUUCCAGAUGAGAGGACGUCAAAAUUUCUUAUCUUUUAAUUUUUGUCUUUUUUGUAUCUAUACUACGCUGCUGUAAUUUCCCCCCUGUGGGACUAAUAAAGAAACAUCUUAUUUCUAUUAUCUUCUCCAUCUCUAUGGUCCUUUUAAUGGGAGGUGAUCAGUUAUUGCACUAAUAAAGAGUAGAUGUGCCUUAUUAAUUAUCUGCUCACUGUCCAAAAUGUGUUUGAUGAUGAUUUUUGGCUUUCUGAUGUUGUAAAGAAGUUGAAAUCGUCCCUCAUUGUGUCUCUUUUUUGUUCCCCGACAGGUCCUUUUGGCUGAGCUGCUCUUUAAGAGGGGGAUCAUCCAGACUGCAGAGCCUCUGUAGUAACCUCUGACUCUUCAGUCAUGCUGACUGCAUGAAGAGUUUCAAAUUGACUUUAUACAAAAAAAGAUCUUGAAUGGAAAACACUUCUUGCCUCAAGUCUUCUUCAUUAUGACCUUUUUGUAGGUGAUGGCAAAUAAAGCAGUUUAUACAGAAA